AUGCUCUCCCUCUCUUUCAUGCUCUCCCUCUCUUUCAUGCUCUCCCUCUCUUUUAUGCUCUCCCUCUCUUUCAUGCUCUCCCUCUCUUUUAUGCUCUCCCUCUCUUUCAUGCUCUCCCUCUCUUUCAUGCUCUCCCUCUCUUUCAUGCUCUCCCUCUCUUUUAUGCUCUCCCUCUCUUUCAUGCUCUCCCUCUCUUUUAUGCUCUCCCUCUCUUUCAUGCUCUCCCUCUCUUUCAUGCUCUCCCUCUCUUUUAUGCUCUCCCUCUCUUUCAUGCCUCUCCCUCUCUUUCAUGCUCUCCCUCUCUUUCAUGCUCUCCCUCUCUUUCAUGCUCUCCCUCUCUUUCAUGCUCUCCCUCUCUUUCAUGCUCUCCCUCUCUUUCAUGCUCUCCCUCUCUUUUAUGCUCUCCCUCUCUUUCAUGCUCUCCCUCUCUUUUAUGCUCUCCCUCUCUUUUAUGCUCUCCCUCUCUUUCAUGCUCUCCCUCUCUUUCAUGCUCUCCCUCUCUUUUAUGCUCUCCCUCUCUUCAUGCUCUCCCUCUCUUUCAUGCUCUCCCUCUCUUUCAUGCUCUCCCUCUCUUUCAUGCUCUCCCUCUCUUUCAUGCUCUCCCUCUCUUUCAUGCUCUCCCUCUCUUUCAUGCUCUCCCUCUCUUUUAUGCUCUCCCUCUCUUUCAUGCUCUCCCUCUCUUUUAUGCUCUCCCUCUCUUUUAUGCUCUCCCUCUCUUUUAUGCUCUCCCUCUCUUUUAUGCUCUCCCUCUCUUUUAUGCUCUCCCUCUCUUUUAUGCUCUCCCUCUCUUUUAUGCUCUCCCUCUCUUUUAUGCUCUCCCUCUCUUUUAUGCUCUCCCUCUCUUUUAUGCUCUCCCUCUCUUUUAUGCUCUCCCUCUCUUUUAUGCUCUCCCUCUCUUUCAUGCUCUCCCUCUCUUUCAUGCUCUCCCUCUCUUUUAUGCUCUCCCUCUCUUUUAUGCUCUCCCUCUCUUUCAUGCUCUCCCUCUCUUUCAUGCUCUCCCUCUCUUUUAUGCUCUCCCUCUCUUUCAUGCUCUCCCUCUCUUUUAUGCUCUCCCUCUCUUUCAUGCUCUCCCUCUCUUUCAUGCUCUCCCUCUCUUUCAUGCUCUCCCUCUCUUUUAUGCUCUCCCUCUCUUUCAUGCUCUCCCUCUCUUUUAUGCUCUCCCUCUCUUUCAUGCUCUCCCUCUCUUUCAUGCUCUCCCUCUCUUUUAUGCUCUCCCUCUCUUUCAUGCUCUCCCUCUCUUUCAUGCUCUCCCUCUCUUUCAUGCUCUCCCUCUCUUUCAUGCUCUCCCUCUCUUUCAUGCUCUCCCUCUCUUUCAUGCUCUCCCUCUCUUUCAUGCUCUCCCUCUCUUUCAUGCUCUCCCUCUCUUUCAUGCUCUCCCUCUCUUUUAUGCUCUCCCUCUCUUUUAUGCUCUCCCUCUCUUUUAUGCUCUCCCUCUCUUUUAUGCUCUCCCUCUCUUUAUGCUCUCCCUCUCUUUUAUGCUCUCCCUCUCUUUUAUGCUCUCCCUCUCUUUCAUGCUCUCCCUCUCUUUCAUGCUCUCCCUCUCUUUUAUGCUCUCCCUCUCUUUCAUGCUCUCCCUCUCUUUUAUGCUCUCCCUCUCUUUCAUGCUCUCCCUCUCUUUCAUGCUCUCCCUCUCUUUCAUGCUCUCCCUCUCUUUAUGCUCUCCCUCUCUUUCAUGCUCUCCCUCUCUUUCAUGCUCUCCCUCUCUUUCAUGCUCUCCCUCUCUUUCAUGCUCUCCCUCUCUUUAUGCUCUCCCUCUCUUUCAUGCUCUCCCUCUCUUUCAUGCUCUCCCUCUCUUUCAUGCUCUCCCUCUCUUUCAUGCUCUCCCUCUCUUUCAUGCUCUCCCUCUCUUUCAUGCUCUCCCUCUCUUUCAUGCUCUCCCUCUCUUUUAUGCUCUCCCUCUCUUUCAUGCUCUCCCUCUCUUUUAUGCUCUCCCUCUCUUUAUGCUCUCCCUCUCUUUCAUGCUCUCCCUCUCUUUCAUGCUCUCCCUCUCUUUUAUGCUCUCCCUCUCUUUCAUGCUCUCCCUCUCUUUCAUGCUCUCCCUCUCUUUCAUGCUCUCCCUCUCUUUCAUGCUCUCCCUCUCUUUCAUGCUCUCCCUCUCUUUCAUGCUCUCCCUCUCUUUUAUGCUCUCCCUCUCUUUCAUGCUCUCCCUCUCUUUCAUGCUCUCCCUCUCUUCAUGCUCUCCCUCUCUUUAUGCUCUCCCUCUCUUUCAUGCUCUCCCUCUCUUUUAUGCUCUCCCUCUCUUUUAUGCUCUCCCUCUCUUUUAUGCUCUCCCUCUCUUUAUGCUCUCCCUCUCUUUUAUGCUCUCCCUCUCUUUUAUGCUCUCCCUCUCUUUAUGCUCUCCCUCUCUUUUAUGCUCUCCCUCUCUUUUAUGCUCUCCCUCUCUUUCAUGCUCUCCCUCUCUUUCAUGCUCUCCCUCUCUUUAUGCUCUCCCUCUCUUUUAUGCUCUCCCUCUCUUUCAUGCUCUCCCUCUCUUUCAUGCUCUCCCUCUCUUUUAUGCUCUCCCUCUCUUUCAUGCUCUCCCUCUUUUGCUCUCCCUCUCUUUCAUGCUCUCCCUCUCUUUCAUGCUCUCCCUCUCUUUCAUGCUCUCCCUCUCUUUUAUGCUCUCCCUCUCUUCAUGCUCUCCCUCUCUUUAUGCUCUCCCUCUCUUUCAUGCUCUCCCUCUCUUUAUGCUCUCCUCUCUUUCAUGCUCUCCCUCUCUUUCAUGCUCUCCCUCUCUUUAUGCUCUCCCUCUCUUUCAUGCUCUCCCUCUCUUUCAUGCUCUCCCUCUCUUUCAUGCUCUCCCUCUCUUUCAUGCUCUCCCUCUCUUUCAUGCUCUCCCUCUCUUUCAUGCUCUCCCUCUCUUUCAUGCUCUCCCUCUCUUUUAUGCUCUCCCUCUCUUUCAUGCUCUCCCUCUCUUUUAUGCUCUCCCUCUCUUUCAUGCUCUCCCUCUCUUUCAUGCUCUCCCUCUCUUUCAUGCUCUCCCUCUCUUUCAUGCUCUCCCUCUCUUUUAUGCUCUCCCUCUCUUUCAUGCUCUCCCUCUCUUUUAUGCUCUCCCUCUCUUUUAUGCUCUCCCUCUCUUUCAUGCUCUCCCUCUCUUUCAUGCUCUCCCUCUCUUUAUGCUCUCCCUCUCUUUCAUGCUCUCCCUCUCUUUCAUGCUCUCCCUCUCUUUCAUGCUCUCCCUCUCUUUCAUGCUCUCCCUCUCUUUCAUGCUCUCCCUCUCUUUCAUGCUCUCCCUCUCUUUCAUGCUCUCCCUCUCUUUCAUGCUCUCCCUCUCUUUCAUGCUCUCCCUCUCUUUUAUGCUCUCCCUCUCUUUUAUGCUCUCCCUCUCUUUUAUGCUCUCCCUCUCUUUUAUGCUCUCCCUCUCUUUAUGCUCUCCCUCUCUUUUAUGCUCUCCCUCUCUUUUAUGCUCUCCCUCUCUUUUAUGCUCUCCCUCUCUUUUAUGCUCUCCCUCUCUUUUAUGCUCUCCCUCUCUUUUAUGCUCUCCCUCUCUUUCAUGCUCUCCCUCUCUUUCAUGCUCUCCCUCUCUUUUAUGCUCUCCCUCUCUUUUAUGCUCUCCCUCUCUUUCAUGCUCUCCCUCUCUUUCAUGCUCUCCCUCUCUUUUAUGCUCUCCCUCUCUUUCAUGCUCUCCCUCUCUUUAUGCUCUCCCUCUCUUUCAUGCUCUCCCUCUCUUUCAUGCUCUCCCUCUCUUUCAUGCUCUCCCUCUCUUUAUGCUCUCCCUCUCUUUCAUGCUCUCCCUCUCUUUUAUGCUCUCCCUCUCUUUCAUGCUCUCCCUCUCUUUCAUGCUCUCCCUCUCUUUUAUGCUCUCCCUCUCUUUCAUGCUCUCCCUCUCUUUCAUGCUCUCCCUCUCUUUCAUGCUCUCCCUCUCUUUCAUGCUCUCCCUCUCUUUCAUGCUCUCCCUCUCUUUCAUGCUCUCCCUCUCUUUCAUGCUCUCCCUCUCUUUUAUGCUCUCCCUCUCUUUCAUGCUCUCCCUCUCUUUCAUGCUCUCCCUCUCUUUUAUGCUCUCCCUCUCUUUCAUGCUCUCCCUCUCUUUUAUGCUCUCCCUCUCUUUUAUGCUCUCCCUCUCUUUUAUGCUCUCCCUCUCUUUUAUGCUCUCCCUCUCUUUUAUGCUCUCCCUCUCUUUUAUGCUCUCCCUCUCUUUUAUGCUCUCCCUCUCUUUUAUGCUCUCCCUCUCUUUUAUGCUCUCCCUCUCUUUCAUGCUCUCCCUCUCUUUCAUGCUCUCCCUCUCUUUUAUGCUCUCCCUCUCUUUUAUGCUCUCCCUCUCUUUCAUGCUCUCCCUCUCUUUCAUGCUCUCCUCUCUUUCAUGCUCUCCCUCUCUUUAUGCUCUCCCUCUCUUUCAUGCUCUCCCUCUCUUUAUGCUCUCCCUCUCUUUCAUGCUCUCCCUCUCUUUCAUGCUCUCCCUCUCUUUCAUGCUCUCCCUCUCUUUAUGCUCUCCCUCUCUUUCAUGCUCUCCCUCUCUUUCAUGCUCUCCCUCUCUUUCAUGCUCUCCCUCUCUUUCAUGCUCUCCCUCUCUUUUAUGCUCUCCCUCUCUUUCAUGCUCUCCCUCUCUUUCAUGCUCUCCCUCUCUUUCAUGCUCUCCCUCUCUUUCAUGCUCUCCCUCUCUUUCAUGCUCUCCCUCUCUUUCAUGCUCUCCCUCUCUUUCAUGCUCUCCCUCUCUUUCAUGCUCUCCCUCUCUUUCAUGCUCUCCCUCUCUUUCAUGCUCUCCCUCUCUUUCAUGCUCUCCCUCUCUUUUAUGCUCUCCCUCUCUUUCAUGCUCUCCCUCUCUUUUAUGCUCUCCCUCUCUUUUAUGCUCUCCCUCUCUUUCAUGCUCUCCCUCUCUUUUAUGCUCUCCCUCUCUUUUAUGCUCUCCCUCUCUUUUAUGCUCUCCCUCUCUUUUAUGCUCUCCCUCUCUUUUAUGCUCGCUUUCCCUCGUGCUCCCGUGUUCAGGGUGCACGGGCUCAAGUGUGGGACGUCAAGUCACUCGAGUGCUUGCACACGUUCAAGCCACCACCACCCCUCCGAGGCGGCGACGCGUCAGUGAAUUCGGUGCUCCUCUCUCCCCGCAACGUGGACCAUGUGUUUGUGUGCAACCGCUCCUCCUCCGUGUUUCUCAUGACGCUGCAGGGCCAGGUGGUGCGGAGCUUCACAUCAGGCAAGAGGGAGGGCGGUGACUUUGUGGCGGCGUGCCUGUCCCCCAAGGGCGACUGGAUCUACUGCAUGGGCGAGGAUGCGUGA